AUGUUGUCAGCUCCCGUUAAAUCGGCGAAGCGUAUCUCCUCCCUCUUUUCGCUGGGCUCGCACAAGGACCAGAAUGCGCCCGGUUCUCCGAUCUCGCCGGGGUUGAAUGGCUCCUCAGAUCUAUCUCAGGACAGGGGGCGACGAAGCAACUCACGACCGACUCGACAUGUAUCGACUCCCAAUGCGGUAUUCUCAGAACCAAGGACCGUCCCGAAUGCCGGUCCCGUGGGUUUCGACUUCGAAAGCCUCCCGCCCCCACCAUCCUUGUUGGCCGUCAAUCAUGACCUAGCCGUCAGUGCACCCAGCUCGCCCACCGAUGCUCGCCCGCGAAGCAGGGGUCGCGACAUGACCCGACCUUCCAGUUCGGCCGGGUUGGCCAUCCCGGGCUCCACACCAGACUCCCGCCCGGGCACGCCAUCGAAACGCAGAAGUUGGAUGCCGGGGAUGAUGGGUCGGUCGCGAGCGAGCUCGGUGGACAAGCGGAUGCCCACCCCGGUCUUGCCAAGCGCCUGGAUCGCCGGGUUAGAUCAGAAGGUGGCCUAUGACAUGGAGCCUCUGGCCAGAGGUGGACAGAUUGCCGAGUUGUGGAACGAAGAAGGCGACACAUUUGUCUACCUCUUCCCUCAGAACACUGACCGGGCGCCUUCUUUCAAAGUCGACUCCACCAUCUUCGCCGAAUCACCGUCUCUGACAUACCUGGCUCGUGGUACCGACUCAAGACAGAGUGGCUUGGAGCAGCAUACACGCACGCUUUCUCUUCAGAACCCAAUUUCACCGCCGUUGACCCCGCAGGAUCGGUUAGCAGACGACGACGACAAUGAUAGUUCAGGCAGUCAGCGGAUGGCAUUUGUUGAUGAUGGCGCUGAUGAAGUUCAAGAGCUGCACCUUUACCUCCCGAUUCCUCUGAACUGUGACGUGUCCAGCCCUCACUCGAAGGUCUCACAAGAAGAUCUGGAGACUCUGCUCUUGUUCCGCAACCUGUUUGCUUUCCUGCUGGGCCAAUCCCUCAUUGCGACCCCCAAAUCUGGAUCUCUCUUCAGCAUCUUCAUGGAUGUGGCUGUCCUGCUGUCAAGAUUCGAAUUCUCCAACCUGGAUGGAUCCAACUUUGGUGAAACUGCCACUUCCAGCUUCAGCAACUACUGCGACGAGCUGCGCCUGGCCGACGUGCGAAAGAGCCGUGAGAAGACUAUUGAAGCCAUUGUGUUGGGUGAGCGGCUUCGCUACUACCCGCUAUACCUGGAAGGAUUCGUGCACGGUGUUGGCAAAUUAGAUGAGCUCAAGCAGCUACGAAGCCCCAAAUACAGCUUCAUUCAUCCGAUCACCCAAAAACGCCUGGAGCGUGGCUUUAUCGACUUGGAUACCCGUCUGCGGGGCCUAUACGGCAAAUUGGAGGACUUUGAUUUCCCCUCAGUCUUCUCCGGUUUCGCGAACUCGACCUCCUCUGAGGAAAGCAAGAUCAUCCGCUUCAAGAACUGGAAGACCAGUUUCCAAGAGUUCCGCCGCUUCACCAUCAACUACUACCGGAACAAGUAUGGUGCAUGGCCACCCAAGGCUCGCUCUAAGAAGAAUGCCUUUGAAGAGAGCGGACUCAACCGCCAACUCCUUCUGGACUUGUAUCGUGAUUUCACUGAUCUGUAUGAUCUACUCGUCGACCGCACCAACCUGACCACCCGCACCAUCGACUCCUCCGGUCCCGGUGGGGACCCCUCGCCCACUGACCCCCAGGCUAUCCUGAUUCGUGCUCUCCGCCACGUGCUGAGUGAGUAUGACCGCAGUACUCCUCCUGUUGCGCCUCCCAUUCCGUUCGAUGUUCCUCAGAUGCCGUCCGUGCAAGGGCUGCACCGUAAGCCUCUGGACGCUAAGAAGGAGGCCAAGUACCGUGCCAAGAAGCUCAAGGCUUCCGACAUCAACGCCGUUCUCAUGGGCUCGUACACUCGUGAGAGCAUGCGACCAACUCCCUUCAUCGAGAGCUUCACCCAGUUUGAGCGACGAUGUGCCAACGGCAAGAGCGUGGAUGACCUGCUUGAAUUGCGAUGUGGGCAGUGGAUCUUCCUUUACGCUGUUCUUCAAUCCCUACCCAUGCUGGUUGUGGAUGUUCCCGAGGUUCGCUUUACGGGAGGUGUCGAGUACUUCCUCUGCAUUGCUCCCCGCGGCGGUGCACCCUGGAUUCAUAAUGACACCAAGACUGCUCGUGCCUGGUUUGGUGUUGCUGGUGGUGCUGGUGUGGUCAGCCUGCCCUCGGAUGUCGUCAUUAACGGUGUUGAGGGUGUUUACCGACGCAGCCACUGCUGGCAAGUCGCCGAGCAAUGGGCUGAGGCCGGCGCUCUUAUCGAGCCCCCGAUGGUCGAGGAUGCAUACGGGGAAGAUGAGUCCUCCAUCUCAUCGCCCUACCAGGGCCAGCAGUCUUCUGCGGGGUCUUCAUCCGAGCCGCACCCACCUUCGAUGCUGGGACACCCAGGAGGUGGCCUUACUCCACCACCGCCGGCCAUUCCUCGCACUCGGUCCCCGGGUGCUGCCCAGCGCGCUGAGCACCGUCACUCGAUCUAUCCGGGUCUGGAGGCUUUACCACUUCCUGCAGGUAUUGCCCCCAUUGAGCCUCCUACUCGUCCCAUCAGCCGCUUCAACCCGAACAUGAGCUUUGACGAUAUCUUAAAGGAGGUCCCCAAGAAGGACAAGAAGAAGCACUAA